AUGAGACGGCGGACCGAGAAAUCCCAGAAUGCCUCCUACGUGCAUCCAUUCAUUAAUGGCUCUCAAUUUCUCUUCGGCGUGGGUGAGAAGCCCCGAACUUUGUGUGAGCUUGCGAUGACCAGAUUCUCGGCAGAAAUGCGUUCCAGGCCAGACUGGUGGAAACACUAUAAAGAUCCGCAGACGAGGAAACUCUGGUUCAAUGAAGCAGUGAACAAGACUUGGAAAGUCGGGCCAAAAGCCAACAAUAUUGAAGCUGGACUAGCCAAGCAUCAGAUCGAGUACGUCCUUGACGAACUUGCUGGAUAUGCUGCUCUUCGAGAUGACGUUAAUGGAAUGCAAGUUUCCUGCUUUGAUCGUAUUUGGCAGUCCAUCGGUCUGAUUAGUGACGUGGAUCGUGCUUCGCUGGUCCGACAACUCGACGCUCUACGAAGCUCUACAAAGUCGGCAUCAAACAUACUCGUGGAUCCUUUCUUGCAUUGUUACCGUCAUGGAAGAAGUCAUCUCCGACGUCCAGAGGAACUCGAGAGCUUUAUCCACCUUUUAGAUCCCGCUUCUACUUCCACUAAUUAUGCAACACUUCCUUCGCUCGUAGAGGUCCACCAGAAUCCUUCUCGCAUUAAUUAUCGGUCCUACAUAAAUGGCAUAGAUCCAGCUUUAUCAGACGUGUACUCCUCACUUCAGAAAACUCUGGAACGCUCUGUAACAUUGUUCGAAAAGACUUUGACAACCCUUCAUCGAAGCAACCCCUUGCCCCAGCGAAUACAAGGCACUUAUCGCUACAGAGUGUGGGAUGAGCCUGACCCUCCGGAAGAUAGUGACGACGAGGAGGCAUGGGAGGUGCACAGCCGUGAACUGCGUCAAUGGGCUUUGUACCGUCCUAUUGAAAUUCCUGAUGUACCAGACGAUGGUUAUCGUGAUUCUCUACGUCUGGCUCACGAAAUCCACUUCAGAGAAAAUCAGUCUAUUCAAAUAAUCCAUAGGAUUACUGACAUCCAACUCGAUCGUGAUAGGCCAAAUAUUGCUGACACAAAGUGGCAUGUUGAAGGCAUGGCAAAUGAGCAAAUCAGUGUAUGUUGUCUACACUUUCUUGCUGUGGAAGGCAUUGACACCACUCAAAUAGCCUUUCGUAUGGCAAUUACGUCUCCAACGGAUUUCUUGCCUCAUGAUGUAGGGGCUACACUGCGAACCUGGGGACUUCAAAGCGGAGACGAGUGUAACCAAGACAUAGGAUCCGUGCCACUCCGCAAUGGGCUAGCAAUUGCUUUCCCAAACUUUUAUCAACACUGCAUACGGGGUAUACAAUUGCGAAACGGCUGUGAAAAGGGACGAAUAACUGUUUUAGAACUCUACCUGGUAGACCCGGAUGUUCCGCCAAUCGUUUCCACUGCAGAUGUCGCUCCACAGCAACGUGACUGGAUUCUCCGGGCACUAGCCGAUUCAGUUGACCGUCGCCUCCCACAAGAAGUUCUGGAGAAAAUUGUGGAUAUGGUAGAGGGUGUCUUUUCAGACGAAGAAGCCGAGAAAUACCGUGCCGAAAUCACUCAGGAACGAGAAGUGUUCAGGACGGUAAAUGACAGGAAUUAUUUCUGCCUUCCGUUUAGUGUGGACGUUGUUGCACAACCCUAG